AUGCCGAUGGGUUCCCUGGAGUUUGGCCUGCUAUUAAUGGAUGCAGAAUGGAGGAAGGAUGCACGCACCGAGGCACGCCUGUACCAGAUGAUGAAGACGAGUGCCGGCCAUGAUGAUCUGCAUCCCGGAAGCCGGCGUAACGAGAUUGCGAAGGCCGCGGAGCGCGAACGCGGACCACUGCGACAGAAUGAGAUUGUAAAGAAGGAUUGCUUUGCCCGAGGGUGUGGCCUGGGACCCUUUGCGGUCGCACAGCAGUGCGCUUCUUGGCUGUGCCGAAAGUUGAGCUGGGAGUUGCAACCAAAGGUGGGAGGCGAGGAGGUCUCAGCGCUUUUGCAAGUGAAAUCGACCGUGCGAGCCACCGAAGCUUGUGGGCUCAGAAGCCUCCCGGAGGGAGCGUCCGGGCCGAUUUUUCCUUAG